AUGAAUUCAAAUAUAAAAAAAUUAAUUGGUUCCUUUUCAAUGAUUGAUGGAUUUAAUGAUUCAAAGUGUUGUAAUAAUAAUUACAAACUUCUAAAAAAUGUACUAUCACAACAACAACAACAACAACAACAACAACAACAACAACAACAACAACAACAACAACAACAACAACAACAACAACAACAACAACAACAACAACAACAACAACAACAACAACAACAACAACAACAACAACAACAACAACAACAACAACAACAAUACUAUCAAUUAUCAAUAUGA